AUUACUCGUAUUUGCGUUGCGACUCAUUGCCAAAUGGUCGUUUUUGUCGCGCGACGCACCAGUUACACGUAUAUUAUUUCCGAACGCGGUUGAUUUGUUCGCUGUACGCGCGAUGUUGUGGGUGACGGUGGUUUUCGUCGUAGUUGUUUCCUCGUUCGUCCGGGGCUACGAUGGCCAGACCGUGGAUUCCGGUCGGUUGCCGGGUGACACGGAACCGUCGUCGUACGUGUUGAAAAUAGAACCGAACCUCGAAACGGAAAACGCUACGUUCGCUGGCAGAGUGGAUAUCACGAUCGCAGUGAAGACCACGACUACCGCGAUCACGUUGAACUCUAAGGACUUGGUGUUGCACGAGGUCAGGGUGACAGACGAAAUCACCGGCAGGGACAACAAAGUGCGCUCGUGGAGCUACGAGGAAGACCGGGAACAAGUGAUUAUAUCGAUGGAAGGUCACGUCUUGGCCAAUAGAGUAUACACGAUUCGUAUAAAAUUCGAAGGCAUUCUCAGGGACGACGGAAGAGGGUUUUUUAAAAGCGCUUAUGAAACCGAAUCGGAUGGAAAAAAGUGGAUAGCUGCUACUCAAUUUCAAACCACGAUGGCCAGAAGUGCUUUUCCUUGUUACGAUGAACCACAUUUUAAAACACCUUUUAAUAUAUCAAUUAAAGUUAAAGUAGAAGAAAUAGCUCUAUCAAAUAUGCCAUUUUUAGAUUCAGAAUAUAUAUACGAUGUGCUCGAAAAUGAUCCGUUUAAAUACCAAAUGAAAUGGGUUCACUUUGCGCGGACGCCAAGCAUGUCCACGUGCUCGGUCGCGUUUUUCGCCGGUGAAUUCGAACAAUUCGAUAAAAACCGCCGGAGUGCAAUCAACGUAUACUCUCAUUUGGGUCGUUUGUAUCAGAUCGAGUACGUUACGAAAGAGGCGCCCGACCUUUUGAGAGCCAUGGAAAACUACACGGGCAUGCCGUACGCUAUGCCCAAACUGAACUUAUUAGUCGUGCCAACACUAGGCUUAGGGCAAUUCGACAAUUGGGGAUUGACUGCUUACCAAGAGAAAACGCUUUUCGUCGACUCUAAAUCGAACUCUAAGUCGAUAAUGUCGGCGAAGAUGGCGGUAGGACGCGCUGUGGUGAAUCAGUGGUUUGGCAAUUUGGUGACGCCGGCUCGAUGGGACUUCGCAUGGAUGAAUAAAGGGCUUGCCGCUUAUUUGCAAUACAUUGUCACCACGAUGGUGGAACCGGAAUGGCGACUUGAUCACUUUUUCGUCGUCGACAUGCAACGGCCUGCCAUGGAAUACGACCAAAUUCAAAGACAGCCUUUGACCGCGCCAGAAAUCGUACCAGGAGACGUGGUCUAUUACCCGGCCGUCAAAUUUUCCGAACAGAAGUCUGCGGCGGUCAUGAGGAUGCUCAGCGACUGGGUGGGGGAAGACGCAUUUAAAAAAGCCAUUAAUACGUACUUGACGCAAAACCAAUAUAGUGCAGUAAAACCGGAACAACUGUGGAACGCGUUCGACAAUACGCUAUUCGAUAUGACAAAGUCCGGCUUAAAUGGCAACAACGUUCGCACUGUGAUGAAUACGUGGACGGAACAAGACGGAUAUCCCGUGGUGAACGUCAAGAAAAAAGACAAAUCACUCGUCUUAACUCAAAAACGAUUUUUAUCCGGUUUCACCGAAUCAAACGAUACAACCAAGUGGUUUAUUCGUUUGAGUUACACGACGAAUAAAGAAAAAAAUUUCGACACUAAGUCCGCACCAACCGUUUGGCUGGACCCGUCGGUAGACGAAACGACUAUUCCGAUCGACGAUGACGUCGAAUGGUACAUUUUCAAUAUACAAUCCACAGGUUUCUACAGGGUGAACUACACGGAAGACAAUUGGUUGUCGUUGAUCAAACAGCUAAACGAUUCGCCUAAAGACGUACACGUUCUCAACAGAGCCCAGCUGAUUGACGAUUCGUUCAGUUUGGCGAAAGUGGGUUUGUUAAAUUACAGGAUACCGAUGAGCAUCGCAGAGUAUCUGACAAAGGAAGAUGAUAUCAUACCGUGGUUCUCAGCCAUGAAGAGUUUCGACUAUGUUUUAAACCGUAUGGGACGUUGCAGAAAUGCGUACAUCGAUGUCAAGGCCUUAUUCUUUAACCUGGCCGACAAUGCGUUGGAAUUAAUAAACGAUCUGGUCGCCGGACAGAAAAGUCCACAGCAUCCCACCGUUAUCGGCUGGAGCGCGUUGUCGACGUGGGCGUUUAAGUUGGAAGCAAACCCGUGUUCCAGCGGUCUGAAGGCGUUGGAAAAUUUUCGGAGAUGGCGAAACGACGAAGAAAUAUCGGCUGACGUCAAAGACGCUGCGUUCUGUGUCGGAGCCUUCAGCUCAUACAGUUUGGAAAAACUCUUAAACCUAUACAAUACCACCAAAUCGUAUUCGGAAAGAGGAUCAGUGAUCAACGCGUUGUCUUGUGCCGACAUAACGACACUUAUGACGUACAUGGCGUUAAUAAUGGAGAACAAUUGUCCAAUUGCACCGAGUGAUUACGGAGAUUUCUUUAAUGCUCUGUCUUCGACGCCCAAUGGGAUAACAGCUAUGAAUUAUUUUCUUUACAAAUAUUUUACUGACCUCGUCAACAACGUAAAAGAUGGUAGAAAUAUAGCUAAGACUAUAUUCUCAAUAUUAGCUUCAAAGGUGUCCAUUAAGAGUGAAAUCGAAAAUAUGAUGCGAAUGGUGUUCUACAGCAAUACGCCCGAUGAAUAUAGAAACGAACUCGUUCCAGUGUACCAGAAUGAAAUCGAAGACUACGAAAAAUGGUACAGCAAUGGUAGUCCAGAAACGAUAUGGAUGUACAUAAACCCUUUGACGAAAGGUUUGCCGCUGGAUCCAUCGGAUAAGUAUACGACUUCGCGGAGCCCGACGAAAUAUGACGAUUCUAGCGCUUCGUCGAGAUUGUAUAACUAUGGCAUUAUUUUUCAGAUUUUAGCACUGUCUGUUUCAGUUAAAUUACUUGUUAACAUAAUCUAAAUAAAUCUUAAUCAAAUGUGUGCACUAUAUUAAGAUCUUAUCUAACGAGAAAUAUGUAUAAAUAUUAAAUAUGUAUUUUCACAAAUUAUUUUUUCAUCGAAGCGAGAAUUGUAUAAUAAUAUUAGUUUUGCGACAAA